UUUCCCAUCAGAAUGGAAUAUAGGAACCUUCUCCUUGGCUUCCUACUCUGCUGCAUUUUGCUUGCAACCAGUUAUUCAUAUAUGAUAUUAGAGGAAAAAAAGGACACGAACAAGAGUGCGGUACAUACUAGCAAAAUCAAGUUCCCGGAUCUCCCACCUAUCUCUAUAGUAGAGUUAACCAAAACAUCCAUGAAGCUAAGUAGGAAAGAAGCAGAGAGAAAUAAAUCUAUGAAGAAAAAAGCCCAGCAGAAAAAGGCUCCCCGACCAAAACCACCACCCCCUCCAAACUGUGUGGCCACUUGGGCAAGCUGCAAGCCAUCUUCACGUCCCUGCUGUGAUUUCUGUGCUUUCUGUUACUGCCGACUAUUUCAGACAGUCUGCUACUGCCGAAUGGGAAACCCAAACUGCUAAGCUGGAAGCAAGAAUGCCAAUGAGACUCUGUCUCUCGUUAGACUCUUUAAUAUAUCUUCUAGGCCUUUUUGUCUCUUGCUUAUUAUUGCAAAGGAAGCUGAGAAGCUUUGAAGCUGGCUAGCUUGCAGGCCUUGGCUUCCCCAUAACUGUAUAUGGGAUAUGCCUCAUGGGGUUAAUUCUGUCAUAAGCAAGGCAUUCGCUGCCAUUAUGAGCAUGACAGGGAAAGGGAAGACGUGAGAUGGCAGGCUAACAGCAAGAAGCAGAAUUUACAUGCAGAGAACCAGGUUGCAUUUCAAGAGGGAAUUAUGUGUCGCUUCAAAAAUUUGCAUUUUACUAUACAUUGCAGUUCUGAGUGAAAAACAUCAGCCCCUGACUAGCUGCAAAAAUGUACUCUGGGGAAAAUGCUACAGAUACAAAAAAAAUCAAUAAAAAGACAAGGAAAAUAUGGUGCAGGUGAAGAUACGUUAUUAUUCAGUGUUCUCUAAUUACUUUUUUUAUCCAUGUUAAAGAAUGAAGCAGGAAUGGGAAACAUUUUUCUGUCCAGGAGCCAAAUGACUUUUUCAUAACUGUGCAUAUACAGUAUAUGUGUGUAUGUAUAUAUAGAUACAUAUAUAUACCUCUACCUUACCCCCACCACAUUUCUCCCUCUGUUUCCUCCCUUCCUUCUUCUCUCUCCACAUCUUCUCUGGCCUAUGGAGGAGGAGAAGCAGAGGGAACUGUAUUACAGGAAGAAAAUGAUAUUUUCUUCCAACACCAGUUUGCUUCACUUUUAUGCUGCAUUUCCUCUUACAAUGUUCAACACAGCCCUCCCUCUGUGCUGCUCAGAUGUUCUGUUGAGAUGCAAGAGGAGAAAUUAAAUGGGUGGAGCUUGGAUACAGACCAGCAGGUUUGAUGGGAUACUAUUGCAGGCUGGAGGAGAGGAGAGGAGAGCUGUUUCCCCGAAAAUAAGACCUAACCUGAA